AUGAAGAUCAAACCAUACGGCAUCGUGUGCAACGCCUGCGCACAGCAGAACAAGAGCGACUGCGACUUCGCCCGAGUCAUGGAAAACGCGAUUCUUGCCGGCCGCGAGAUGUUGCUAGAAGAGUGCUGCAACAACUGCGAGGCUGACCACGUAACCGACUGCAAGAGCGGACCGGUCGGCAAACACGAGCUGCCCAGAAUCGGUUUCCCAGGAGAUCUCUCCUGGUACGACGAGUGCAAGUACCGAGAGAUACUUCGGAACCGGCGCCAAGCAAAAGGACUUGAUGCGCUCCCCACGUUGUAUCCGCCAACAGACGAGUACCCGCACGGCCCAGGCGAAGGUGUGCCGCAAUUCCAUGCGCAGCACAAUCCGAGGCUUUUCGACGCGAGACGCAGCGCGAAGCGCCGUCUCCACAACGAAAUCAACGCGACACAAGCAGCUUGGCACCAAAAGUACCACGCUGGCCAGGCUCAUCGCCAGCCCCUAGCUGCCCAUGGUUAUCCGCAUCAACAUGGAAGUACUGGCUACAACGGCCAGCAGCUCCCAGGCGCGGGCCCCGGUCAGUUCCAUGGCAACGCCCAGAAUGGAACUCGCAACUUUGGACACCAAGCACCAUUCGAGUUCAAUCCGUCAAUUGGUGGUGAUGGCGGCCAUGCAUUGGCAAUGCCUCAGCUGGGAACGGAAUUGGAAACACCGAGAGCACCCUCUGAUCAUUUGGCCGUAGUCGCCGGUCUGAAUCGCUUAGUGGAACGCCUGCGGGCCGAGGCCGCCGAGAAUGCGGAGGUGGUCACCGGGCUGAAUAACUUGGUGGAACGACAACGAGAGGCUGCCUUCGAGCAUGCGGACGUGGUCACCGCAACGAAUCGCCUGGUGGAACGCCUCAUACAGGACAAUGACAAUCUCAGAGAAACGAACGCCGAUUUGGAGGCGGCGGAGGCCGAGAAGGAGGAGAGGGGAGGAGUCUGGCUAGAGCAGGUUGAGGUAGCUCUGCUGAGGUGGGAUUGGUUUGCAUUUCCCAACACGUACAUCAAGGAUAAUUUCUCCUUCAUCUACGUCUUGCGGCCAAGUUCGUACGUCAAGAUUGCGGCCAACACGUACAUCAAGGAUCAUUUCUCCUUCAUCUACGUCUUGCGGCCAAGUUCGUACAUCAAGGAUCAUUUCUCCUUCAUCUACGUCUUGCGGCCAAGUUCGUACAUCAAGGAUCAUUUCUCCUUCAUCUACGAACUUGUGCCUCUGUACGGGGUCCUUCGCCACUAUUAG